CAUGAUUCUACUGAACACGAGAGUGAUGGUUCAGCAGGUGAUGAUGAUACUCACAGUGAUGAUAUUCCUCAGCAGGGGGAGCCUUCAUCUGAAGACGAAUCUGAAGGUAUUCAUGUUCGACGUUCUAUGCGAGGCAUAGUUCCACAAAGAAAAUACUCCACGUCUGAAUGGAUACUUGUUGCCAGCGAGGGGGAGCCAGCUAGCACCGCAAGAACGAGAGAAAUAAAGAAAAAGGUGGAGGGGGAGAUUUGUAGGUAUCUUCCACCUUCUUUCUUGGAAGUUGCCAAGAGACACCUUAACAUGGAGGCACCUUCUUGGAAAGAGCUCUCCAACAAAUAGUGUAGAACUUCAAUUCUCUGUGUCAAGAAGAAGGCCAUCCAUAUCGAAGAUGACGUGAGUGAUUGAAGGUUUUUGUGGAGAAGGAGAAGAACGUGUGCCAUUUGGAUUCGUCAUUGCGGCCAAAUGACUUCCGCCCCUGGAUAUUCACCAAAAAUAUUUUGUUUGAAGAUUUAUAAAAAUAUUUCUACAUCUUCCCGAAAUGAAGACUUCAUAAUUGGGAUUAGUAUAAAAAACAGAACACCAAUGGUUGAGAUUACAUAUGGUUUAUGCUUAGCUUACCUUAAAAGUUGACUUGCUACAUCAAAUUAGAUGAUACUCUCUGAGGGACUAUUUUCGGAAAAUGGUA